AUGACUGACACCACGAAGAAGCCGUCCGAUUCUGACCGCUAUAGAGGUAGCGGUGGGAAAUAUGACCGUACUUCUAUGAAGUCGAAACAGCAAAGUGACUAUAAGUCCAAAACCAAGGAUAAGAAACUGAAAGCCGGUUUGAAAAGGAUUGAUCAACAGUACAAAGAUGCAGUUUCAGAGGCAACAGCCACGGAAUAUCUGUUGCCCGAAACGAGUGGGUUUUUGGAGGCAGAGAAUGAAAUGGAAAAAACAUUCAGAGUCAAGCAAGACGAAAUCCGUGGUGCAGUAGACUCAAGUACCGCUAACAAGGCACUGGACCUGAAGCUACGAGAAUUUGGUCCUUAUUCCAUCAAUUACUCUCGGAACGGGACACAUCUCUUGAUUUGCGGGCGUAAGGGCCAUGUGGCUUCCAUGGACUGGCGUAAAGGACAACUGCGAGCAGAAUUGAAUCUGAAUGAAACGUGCAACGCUGCCACUUACCUGCAUAAUGAGCAGUACUUCGCCGUGGCUCAAAAAAAAUACACUUUUAUUUACGACCACGAAGGUGUAGAAUUGCAUAGACUCAAACAGCACAUCGAGGUCAAACAUAUGGAGUUUCUGCCAUACCACUACUUGCUGGCCACAGCGGGAGAAACUGGAUGGCUCAAAUACCAGGACGUUUCUACAGGACAGCUACAGGCGGAAAUUAGAACCAAAUUGGGACCCACAACUGCAAUGGCUCAAAAUACAUGGAAUGCGGUGAUUAAUCUGGGCCACAGCAAUGGUACAGUAACAAUGUGGGCCCCAAACAUGCCUACUCCUUUGGCAAGACUUUUGACAGCUCGUGGUCCAGUCACUGGCGUUGCCGUUGAUCGCCAAGGCCGCUACAUGGCUACAACGGGUGCCGACAAGUCCAUGAAAAUCUGGGACAUCAGAACAUUCCGCGAACUGCAUACCGUAGAAAAUCUACCUACACCUGGCUCCGGCGUUACCAUUUCCGAUACAGGGCUGUUGGCUCUCUCAAGAGGCCCACAUGUAACGCUAUGGAAGGAUGCUUUCAAGUCAAGCAAAUCUUCAAGACCAUAUUUCGGGUCUAGCGGUCAUGUCGAUCGCAAUACUCCCUACAUGACCAGCAUACUUCCAGGAAACAGGGUCACCAACAUGCAGUUUGUGCCGUUCGAAGAUCUUUUAGGUGUUGGACAUCAAGAUGGUGUGCGUAACCUAAUAAUACCUGGUGCUGGUGAGGCCAAUUACGACGCUUUGGAGUUGAAUCCAUUUGAAACUGCUAAACAAAGACAAGAGCAAGAAGUGAGAACUUUGUUGAACAAACUACCUGCUGAUUCUAUUGCCCUAGAUCCUAAUGUUAUCGGCACUGUUGAUAAACGUGCCUCCACGGCGCGACUCAAUGCUAAAGACUUAGCUCUGGUUACUGAUCAAAAGGCCAACGAAUCCAGAAACAACCAAGAUGUACCGCAAGCGAAGCCUAGCGUGAAGGGUAAAAACUCUGGACUGCGAUCCUUCUUGCGGAAAAAGACGCAGAAUGUCGUGGAUGAAAGAAAGCUAAGAGUAAAUGCCCUUUUGACCCAAGAGAAAGAGGCCCGUCAACGUAAUGAGAAGGUCAAAAGAGGUGAGAUUGAAGAGGGCCACACCGACCUUGUCAGCGAAGCUUUAAGUAGAUUUGGUUAA